AUGGCAAACCAGCCCCCCCGCCCUCGUCCAUUGUUCCGUUUACCUACAAUAGCUCAAGAAGCUACCCCAGUCCCAGCCCCUGCCCCUCCUGCGGAGCCACGCCCACCUGUGGCUCGGCCUAGAAUAAGGCCAUUAAUACCUUCCAUUGCAGCAACAGUUCCUGUUGCCACCACUGCAUCAAUUCCAUCAUCUCCAACUCCAAGAGCUUCUUCCUCUUCUUCCGAAGUGCCAAUUGUUGCAUUCUCGUCAUCAGUGCAAACAUCACCUAGUGCCAAAAGUUUAGGUUCUUCCUCUUCAGAUGCAACUUCUCCAGCACCUAAAGCAGCGCCAUCCCCCUCUUCAGCUCCAACUUCAUCAAUUUCUAAAGCAGCACCACCACAAACUUCCUCCACUACCAAUACUGCAACCUCUAUCCCCGCAACCCGUGUGCCUAGCCCUGUCCCACCUCCCAAAACAAUUGAGCCUACCGUUCAAACCUCACCUCAAUCACCUAAUCCCAAGUCUUCGGCUUUGCCAUCACCUGUUUUAACCCUUUUGCCUUCCCAACUGAAGUCGCAGACUGAACUUGAGCAGAAGAUCCCAAUGGAGGUCCAGGAGAAGACCGUCGUGUUUCAAAAGACCAUUGGAGGGGAAGAAGUGUCGAAUGAAAAUGAAACCAAGGAGAAGGGGAAAAGUAGUGGCAAAACUAUUUUGGAUUCAAUGGAGGCGGGUAUGAGGGUUAUAUCAAUUGCUGGCGAGAAUAAAGGUGCCUUCAUGAAACUAAUCCAAUCCGCAACGAAACAUGAAGUUGCUCACAAGAAUAAAAAUCCUAAAACAAAAAGCCAUGUCAGUGACUCGAAAAGUGAUAGCAACAAGGAGGGGAAUCCGAAGAAGAACAAGAGUCACAAAGGAAAGGUGACAAGUUCGCAGCCCAUGAGUGCGUUCGUGAACAAUAAUGUGCAGGGCAUUAACAGCUCCAUCCUCUACAAUUGUUCAUGCACUCACCAUGAUCCUGGGGUGCACCUUGCUCUCUCUAGGAACUAG